GAUAAAAGCCGGCCGGCCCCCGGAAAGAGCGAUGCUGCGUCGAGGAGUCGCGGUGAGAAUUCGGAACAAAAAGAGUAACGAGUUUGUGACGCUGCACACGGCGCCAUGCUAAUCAAGGUCGGGUAGGCACUGCGCCAAUAUUAUUGCCGCGCGCGUUUUCUUUUAGCUCAGCCGCGAGAGAUGUCACGACCAAAGCGACCCUCUUGAACAGAAAAGACUGCUUGCUCAAUUAUUAGCGAGCGGGACGUCGGCACGUCGGGAGUCACCAGAGGGAGAUGGCACGUCAGUCCGCCCGCGGUGUUGCACGAUAAAAUAACACAGCGGCAGCCAAUCAGCGUGCGGGACGAGCGAAAAAAAAAUACCCACGGUGCACCAGAAGGGGAAUCGUCGGCGCCUUCAUACAUUAAUUAAGGUAAAUAUUCGCCCGAUUGCGAGUUCCGGAGGCGCCUAAUCAUCCAGGUGCGAUCAUGCUGCUCACGUGCAAGUGUCUCAACGUGUCCAUCGCCAUCGAGGGCGCCGAAAUUGGCGCCGCCGACUUGGCGCUGCUCGGCAUCACCGACGUCGAGAGGCAGGACCCCUUUUUCAAAUGCUCCAUUGGAACAGUGGAGUUGGGUGAGAUCAACAAGGAACAGGCUACCCUGGUGUAUAUCAGACACACCGGCGAGUGGUUGGUGCAUCAGUGCCUGAACUGCGAGACACACACGCACGCCAUCCACAAGGAGAGGCGCGGCAACUGUGUCAUUGUAAACGCAGAACUGCUUUCAGACCCGCAGCAAAUCGACUCGCUUAGGAACAACGAUGCCUUUUCUCCAGUCUUUAGAAUAGUCGUCAACAGAGACGGAGACCUUGUCUCUCCAGAGCCUUCGACCACCAUACCCAAAGUUACAGCCCUCCACCCUAUUGGCCCUCUUCAAGCUGGCCUAAUGGCUCUGCAACAGAAGCUUAAUGAGGCGAUGAGGCAGCAGACUGCCCUCGUCGAAGAGAAAAUCCGUCUCUUCUCAGAGCAGCAGUAUGCAGAGCUCGAAAUCUUCCGCAAAACGGCCCACGAGGAUCAGCUGGUGCUGGCCAAGAUUCUCAAAGCUUGUCCUGCACUGCAGAAGGAAGAGGAGGCGUUGGCGGCCACCAAGCCACCCCAGAAGCCACAAAAGGCGGCCGGAUCGGUCAAGCUGGAAAACUCGAUGCUCUCCUCUUUCAAACCUGCAGCUCUCUCAAAAGGAAAUCUCCAGAACAAACCUAGGAAAUCUAUUCCGUCUAUGGUGCCUGCUGGAAUGGGUGAUGCCAAGUUUGGCGUUCUUCCUGGAAUGCGCAGCUCGCGAGUUGGAGUGCAAAAUUCUUUGGACACCGAAGGCCUUUUUGACUUGGAAGGAAUGGACGAGCCGUCGCAAGAGCCUCUGCAUUCGGAGGAUGAGACUGAUGACACUGAUGAAUCUGGAAGCCAUGACGAAGGCAUACACAUCCCGAGGCAACGUAUUCACACCGUGGCCGCCGGCAACUUGGCCCGGUCGUUGCCGGUCACCGUUCCGAUCUAUCAGCAGCACAUUGCUGGCCAAAAUAACUAUGAUGAUGAAGAGAAUCCCAGAGACUUGCCUCAAGACCCGCAGGACAUUGCGGCCUCGAUCAAAGCUCUGGCCAAGAGUGUGCAUGGGGAGCACAACGUGUUCGGCGACCUCCCCAGACCUCGCUUCAGUACCCAACUGUGAUUAUAAUCUCCCUACUGCAUAGUAUUAGCUCAGACAGAUAGUCACCUUGUGUAAUUCACAAAAAAUGCCGCUUCAACGUGCUAUUGUAAUUUUUGCUGCUCCAAUAAGAUACACACAUAAUCAUUUCUUAUGUCUGGUUUUCCAACUUGCGGGGUGUGAUAUGCUCAAACAAGUAAUAUUACAUUUUAGACAGCAGCUGAGUUAUUUUGCCAUUAAUCGUGGAAAUCUGCAUUUUCUUUAGAGGAGUACAGAAACUAUUUUUUGUUAUUUUCUGCAUAAUUUGCAGUUGUUGUUUUUGGGUGUUUGCACAAAGUGUCUCCAAAAUUUUUAACAUCAAACCAGAGUUACUAAUUAGAUAAGCAAUUUUUCAA